AUACGCCUUAUUUUUAUCUAGUACUGUGUUUAACUACGGCAGUGGCUUCAGCCAUCUUUGAUGAUGUUUGGAUAUAUGUGACAUGUUUUGGCGGGAGAGUAUUGAAUCAGGAAGGAGUUGCGUUGGAUGUGUGGUUGUUGAGCUGUCCAUGAUUGUACUGACAAGGAUCUUGCAGAAGAGCUUAACCAAGAUUGAAACUGAAGGCGUGCUGUUUCAUGGAAAACUAUUAAAAAAAAUGGAACAAAAACGGUCUGUCCCAUGGAGACCUAAGUGUCCACAAAUUUUGCUGUGGUGCUGUUUUUGUAAUGAACGGUUUAAGGAGCCAUCAGAGCUUGACAGACACCUAGACAGAUACAAAGUAAAUUGGAAGCUGUACUGGCAGCUGUACUACUCCGGUCAGAAGGGGCUCAGCUGUCAUUUGUGUGACAUAUUGCAUGCUGACAGGAAGAGCCUUCAGUGUCACUUCAAGAUGGUGCACUGCAUCAGUGGACAGCUCUGUGCGGUUCGUGGUCAUGUUUCGCUCGAACCUGCCCGCCAUGAAGGUGAUCAGAAGGUUUACAGUCACACGUUAAAGCCUUUUGCUGGACCUGCUGAGAUGCUUCGUGGCCCGCUCAAAACCACGCAUGCUCACACGGACCCACGGAAGAAUCGUGGUGUGCCUGACUCUACGAACAUGGACGAAGUGGAUGUCCUGUUUGAGAUCAAUCGGACUGACUCCCCUAGCGCUGAAUUGUCAAAUGAUGUGAGGUCCAGUGCCUCGAAUGUUCUGCCCGGCGCCACAGUCCCUUGUGCAGAACCCUUGUCUGGAUCUGAUGAUGAUGUUCAAGUGUUGGAGGAGGUGGAAGGCAGCUGCUCUUCAUCCCAAGGCUCUGGAUGUGCUUCCAAUGAUGAACCGGCCGUCAUACUUGCGGAUGGGUCAGAUCUGUCACGUCUCAUAGCCCCUUCAUCUGCCAUCACUGUGCUGGGCUCGGAUGACGAGGUUGAAGAGUUGGAAUCACAUGAGGUAGCUAUGGCAUCACCGUCUGGAGAGAUCAUGGAAGGCUAUGAGGGUGGUGUGGUUGGCGCGCAGGUUGAAGAUAGCCAUGGUCAUGAUGCGUCAGCUACACAUGCCUCCACGACACGACCUACCGCCAGAUCGUGUCGUAGAGACAUGCAUACAAAUAUUUUCAGCAUAACGCCAUCUGUGCGCCCUCCCACGGAAGGCGGACAUGAUAGACCAACUGCUAUAGUUAACCCAUUUGGCUCACAAGAAGAAGGCUGCUUACGAAGUACGCCAAAUGAUGCCCGUACGCAAAUCGAAACUGCACUGCGAUCUGAUAUGGUACAGCUGCCGUCGUACGCGACCGCAGCGGAUGACAGUUGUAUGUCGUUGCCUGAAACACGGCGGAGAGAAUUUCAUGUUGAAGCAAAUGUCUCUUCCGUUGUCAGCAGCCAGGAUCCGUUGGACGGGUGUGGGGACUGUCCGGCUGAUGCGCUGGUUAAUGUAAAACCAUCAUCUGAGGACUGUGGCCCAGAUGGCUUAGUGCCUGAAGAAGGUGUCAGUGGCGAACAAAUAGUGCGCAGGAGGUUGAAGGAGCCCAGCGUUAGAUUUCGACAACCUUUGCCCGAUCUUAGCCGCCUGACUCCCAGCAAAAUAGCAGCGUUCAUGAACAGAGAUGUGUUGCCUAUGAGUUGCCAGCCGGAUUUCGAGUCGCACUUUGAAGGAAAGCCAUUGCACAAUGUGUUACACGGAACCAUCGACGUGGACAGCCAUGAUCGUCUCCAUUCGCGUGGGGACUCCUACGACUCUGAUGUAGACAUUGAGUUAGGGAACACUACGGAAGGGCACCAUGUCGAAUCGGAGGGGCGGUCCCGAAGCCACAGUCCAGAGUCGCAUGGUGAUCCCAUCGAGAGACUACCCGGGGAAAGAAAAUGGGUGCUUUCGCCUCGCGGCAGCUCAACCGAGGACGAAGAUUCUCUGCCUUGCGGGCUAAGCAUUGUUAGUGUAGAGACGUUGUUGGCAAAAAAGUUGGAAAACGACGAACCUGAACCCGAACCACUUGCAACCAGAUUGGGUUCCGACACCAGGAAGCGAGCCCAUUCAUCAAGUGGAAUGCCCAGACGCUGCCGAUCCAGCACGAGACUGGCAAAGGGAACGGAAGAAGAUCCAAAUCUUCCGGGACGCGACAGUUACGCGGUGCGUCAAAGAGCUGCACGUCCAGAAGAGGAACAUGACGCUGAGUUGUCCCCCGCAAAGAAAAGGCAAGUUAGUUCUCAACUUGAUUAUCCCAGCACUCGGACCGGAGAUCAAGAAGUGGGCUCCCUCGGCGUCUUCAAACAGCCUAUUUGGUGCGUAUUGCGUUGAUUGCCCCAUGUUUUUUGCUGUUUGUUUUUGCUGUUGGGGUCGGCCAUGCGGUCAUGCUGUGUGGAAAACGUCUUAUUGUAGUGGGUGAGAUUCUAUUUUGACAUUUUUCGUUUGAUGUUGGAACUGGUGGAAAGCUGGUAGGGGAAGUUACAUUGACGGCAUUUUAGCGUCUUACAAUAUAACUGCUGUUUAUAUUCAAGUACGUAGCGAAUACCGUGUCCUCUAAACUGAGCCAUGAUUUUUCACAAUUUGUCGGCGCGUGAUAUAUACGGUGCUCAAAGUACUUUGUGCUUGUCAGAGCAUCGGUCUGGAACAAGCCGUAUAUAAACAGAUGCAACAGGGCUGGCCGAGCUAAAGCAUACUCGGAUCAGUAGUAUAAGCAUCUUGACAGUCCGUGUUGAUUCACGUCUUAGCCGGCUGUCAGCAAGCAUUCGCAAUUUUUUUCGCACAGACGUGUUUCGUGACAUUUGCCGUGCCCUUUCACGUUUACAGCCGCAGUUGCGGCUGACCAUAAUGACG